AUGCUCUUCUCUUCGCUUUGUGCUUUAGAGUUCUACCGGGGGGUUCAUUGGAUUGGCUCGGACUUUGACUUGUAUUUUUUCAUUACUCGCGCGGUCCUGAUACACGUUUCAGACAUUGUCAAGAAGUUGUAUAAGGACCCAAUUCUCCGCGAAGCAUUCGGGCUGAAAGGGUCCAUACAAUUCGAGAAUCAUGUCGACACGCUCUGUCCAGAGCAGGAAUUUGAGGUCGCAGAGCAGGUGAUUGAGGAAGAAGAGCAGGAAAUUGAAGAUAGUCUUCUCCACCUGGAUCUCAACCCACGACCAACAGCCCUGCGACGCUCCCAGCGUCUAGCCGAUAGGGAACAAAGUGAAUCGCGCGUCACGGCAACCCUGCCACCCAUGACUCCACUCCUGAGCGCUAUCAGCCGGCCCGAUGCUUAUCAGUUCUGUGUUUACAACGCUCCUAAUGAAGUAUCAGAGACAAGUCGGCGGGUUGCUGCCUACAUCCAAGAGCUCAAGUGUCCCAAUGAAGUCACACUGGGCCACAUCUAUGGAGGACUGGAGGAUAUGGACGUUGACCAAGUGGUUAGACGGAAAGCAAAAGAGACCAAAGAGGAUCUUCUCCAUCGCUUGAUUGCAGGGAUUCUUACACAGACUUUUGACUAUAUGGUUCGUGCGGGUACAAAGCGUGCGGUGUUUAGCACUGGCGAAGCAGAUAUCUAUCUGCGGAUCGAUGAGGAUCCUUCGACACUGUACUAUCACUUGUCUAUCCCCAAGGGAGACGUUGGAGACACAACGGGCUGGGAUUCCUCCUCUGACAGUUCGAACCGCCUACACUUAACUGCUGUCGGGCAAGCUCUUGCCUUUACACUCCAGGCACUUAAGUUGCGACCUCAAUCUCAGGCAUGGAGGGAGCGAGCAGCGAUUUCAUUACCGAAGUGGAAAUACUCGGUGGCAGAUAUUCUGAGAACUAUCUCGGAGGAUGACAUACCGUCGUCGGAGUAUCGCCCUUCACGACCCAAUUUUACUCAGAUGUCUCCGAUUCGUCUCCGCCAGAUACCACCUGAAAAAGCCAUCAGUUCAUGCCAAUCAUCGCAGAUGCUCGCCAGCUCCGACGAGGACGAUUCUGUCUCCCCGAAUACCCACAGCCAAAGCCCACCGGGUGCUGAGAAAAAUCGCGAAGCUACAACAACCCACAUAAGGUCUACAUCCGGCGGUGCGGCCGGAACGAGCUCUUCUUCUCAGGAGAAGGAGAAUAAUCGCUCUUACUGCACGCUGGCAUGCCUGCUCGAAUUUCUUGAUCUCCUUCGUCGCCAAUUGGAUCAAACUGUGAAUGCCGACUGCGAAAGCUUAGGAAUCCACGGCGCUCGUGGUGCUCUUCUCAAGGUAUCCCUUUCGUCCCACGGCUACACCGCCCCUGCGAAAUGCACAACUGCGCAGUUCGCCAAGUAUUUGAAACAUGAAGCGCUCGUUUACAAGAGGCUUCUUCCACUCCAAGGCAUCAACGUUCCGCUUUGUCUCGGAAUCAUCGACCUUGCACAUCCGUAUAGCUACGAGGGCAUCUGUUACCUUGAACAUAUGCUGAUACUAGGGCCUGGGGGUCAGUCUCUUCGUAGGGUUCUCACUCCUGAAAACGAAGCAUCUAUGUCAACGAAGACGGAAGAAUCGCUUUCGGCUGUGCAUCGUUUGGGGGUUCUGCAUCGGGAUGCAGAAAUUCGCAACCUCUUAUACAACUCGGAAACUGACAAUGUCGUCAUAUUGGACUUUGAGAGGGCUGAGAUCCUCGAGCGACAUCCUGCUAUUGGCUUCAUACCGCCCAUGCAGGAAUGCAGACGCCGCUUCAAUUUGCGAAAGAGUAAGGAAGCAUUGGAGAAUGCCUUCGCUGGGGAAAUGAGGGUUGCGCUACGGGACGUACGGUGUCCGAAGCGUCGAUAG